AUGAGUGGUGCAGGUAACAGGGAACAAGUUUUCCCAACACGUAUGACAUUGACAACUAUGAAAAUUAAGUUGAAAGGUGCACAACAAGGUCAUUCAUUAUUAAAAAGAAAAUCCGAAGCAUUGACCAAAAGAUUCAGAGAAAUUACUCAAAGAAUUGAUGAAAGUAAAAGAAAAAUGGGUAGAGUUAUGCAAACUGCUGCAUUUUCAUUAGCUGAAGUGCAAUACGCUGUUGGUGGUAACGUUGCUUACCAAAUUCAAGAAAGUGUCCAAAAUGCCAGAUUUAAAAUUAAAGCUAAACAAGAAAAUGUUUCUGGUGUUUACUUACCAACUUUUGAUAGUGAAAUUAAUGAAGAUAUUAACGAUUUCAAAUUAACUGGUUUAGGUAGAGGUGGUCAACAAGUUCAAAAAGCUAAAAUGGUCUAUACUAGAGCUGUUGAAACUUUAGUUGAAUUAGCUUCUUUACAAACUGCUUUUAUUAUCUUGGAUGAAGUUAUUAAAGUUACCAAUAGAAGAGUUAAUGCCAUUGAACAUGUUAUCAUUCCAAGAACCGAAAACACCAUCAGUUAUAUCAAUUCAGAAUUAGAUGAAUUGGAUAGAGAAGAAUUUUAUAGAUUAAAGAAAGUUCAAGAAAAGAAACAAAUUAAUGCUGAAGCUGAAGAAGCUGAAAAGGCAGAAAAGGCUGCCAAAUCUGCCAAACCAUCAGAAAAGGAAGCUGAUUCAGAAGAGUCCCCUGAAGAAGCAACCUCUGAAGAACAAUCCCAACCAGUUGAUACAACCAAACAAUUAGAUGAUGAAGAAAUAGCUAAAGAAGUUGAACAAUUAGAAGUUGGUGAAACUCAAGAUUUAUUACAAGAAAAAGAAGACGAUGUUAUAUUUUAG